GGCAGAAGGCAGAAGGCAGAAGGCUCUGGUAGGCUGUCACCACAGACUACCUGCACCUGUGACGUGUUCCAGCUGCAAUCUAUAUAACGUUUUUGGUGAGCGCGCCUAUUGGCACGUCACCAUUCGCCCCUGUAUUAGUUGUUCAAGGUCCCUAUCUCAAGAUAAAGAAACGUCGAUUUACCAAUGGGCGAGGCUGCUUACCGACGAUCGAUAUUCAGACAGACCCAUGUCUCCCUAGGACACGUUACACGGCUGACAUCCCCGUAAGAUGACUUGCGGCGCGUACAAGUACGGUGCGCGCCCCAACGGCCAGCAUCCAGUCCCAGGAAUGCUUAGCUCCCAACGUCAUGUCCGCCAUCGUUGCCGCUACGUGUUCUCGCUGCACGGGCAUCCUUCUAGACGAGGGAAUUUUCUAUGCUCUCGAGAGCUUGGACAACAUGACCAGAUCACAGUGUCCAGGCUGCGACUUCUUCCUCAAGGUUGCUAGAAGACACGGAGUGAAUGUAAUCUCUGAAGCACAAACACAGAUUCUCUUAGUACGACGUUCCAAGGACGGAAAUCUCAUCAAAGUGUACUAUUUUCGCAAUAACAACUCCCAACUGUCCAUUGCAGAAACAUGUGAGCUAAGGCUUUGUGCGGCUUUCGGGUUCGAAAUACCGUUCUGUGCAGACUUCGAGGGUCUGGAUGACAGGUACUUGGGCCGCCGUAUAGCGUCGCAAGCAGACAGCGCAGAGCGCUUCGAUGUCGCAAAAAGCUGGCUUGAGCGUUGCACUCGAUCGCAUGGUGCAGCCUGCGCCCUUGAAGCGGCCGUGGGUUUCCCGACGCGCCUUGUUCAUAUAUCUCGCGACGAUCCCAGCCAGCUAAAGCUAUGCCUGACACAAAACAUGAAAGGGCGAUACGUUGCUUUGAGCUAUUCCUGGGGCACAGGGAAUACCUACAAGACCACGGCCAAAUCCAUCGAUAGGCUGAGAUCCGGCUUCCGAACAGCGGAUCUACCGAAGACUCUACAGCAUGCUGUUGCCAUAGCACACAAGAUGGAUUUCGAGUGGAUCUGGAUCGACCAAUUAUGUAUUCUCCAGGACAGCGUCGAUGACUGGAGUUUUGAAUCAUCUCAUAUGGCUAAAGUUUAUGGUAAUUCAGCCUUCACUAUCUGCGCAGACUCAUCCAGUAACACAGAAGAUGGUAUAUUCCACGACCGCACAGUGCUACAGUCACAUUCUUUUGGGCCUAACUUCGCGAUGUGCCUUCAAACUAUCUGUACACCUUGGAGAGACAUGGUCAACCAUCCGCUGUAUCAUCGCGGAUGGGCUUUCCAGGAACGAAUCCUUUCCGCUCGCAACUUACACUUCUUGCAAAGCCAGAUUGCUUGGGAGUGUAACACUACGCUGUAUCUGGAAGAAGGCCGGGGAAGACACAGCAACCCGGAUACUCAUUUCCCUAAGCACAUGUUCACCAAAUUCUACCAUCAACAAGAGGACGUUGAUCCAGAUCCCACAGAAUUCGAAAUCAUCAAGAGGAUUGGAGCCUGGAACUCAAUUCUACAAGAGAUGGCUGUCCGUCAACUUACAAAGGAAACAGAUAAGUUUCCAUCCAUCUCCGGUUUGGCAACAGCAGUAAAGACACCUGAGAUGGGCGACUACAUGGCUGGAGUCUGGGCACAUAACCCCUUCAUUUCCAUGGCUUGGUUUCCACGUUUCCCGCAGAAACAGCCAGAAGUUUACCGGAGCCCAUCAUGGAGCUGCAGAUGGACAGAUCAUCAAAUAGUCUGGUAUUACGACACGUGGCUCGGAAGCGAUGAUAAAUCUACUGACGUUAUAUCUGACUGGGUGUUAUGGAAUGAUCGAUACGGACCGCGCUUGGAACAGCACAACAUCAUUCUCAUGAAUGAGGAUAAAAAAGGCAGGGUCAAAGAAGGUAGCAGCUUGACUAUGACUGGGCAUUGCCGCUCAAUUUACGUGGCAAAUCUUCCACACUCGGACUUUGACCACAACUUCAAUGAAGUAGAUUGGGCUAUCGGAAAAAUAAAUAGUUCAGCACACCGUGUGUGUAUGGACGAGAGGCUAGGGUCCUGCGACGAUGUGUGCUCCUUCACGGCAGAUUUUCCGGGUGUCGAUCAACAGUACGAUCGCGAGAAUGUCAGAGAGUACUUAUGUGUUCAGAUUGUGCGAGAGCGGAAAGAAAAAUGGAAGAACCCAAAAGUUAUAGGCUUGGUCCUUGAAAGAUCAAAGGGCUCUGCCGAAGAAGCUUUUCGACGUGUCGGGCUCACCGACUUUGACAUGACCGAUGGCGCAUGGGUGCGAAAGACUUUGAAGUUGCUAUAAUUGGCAAAAUGGACUGCGUUAGGCCAAAAAGGAGAUGGAGAUGUACGGCAUGGAAGGCCCUGAUGGACGGGGGUACCACUUUUACAACGUGCUAUGGGUUGAGCGUCAGGAAGGAACAGUAUAGCGGCGCGCGGCAGAACGCGUAUCGAAAGCAGUAUGAUAUGGGAUGCAAACCGCACCCCGUCAACGAAACCCAUUUUUGGUUAAUCACGAUUUUUCGACAGACCAGAAUGCACCUCUACUUAGCCUCUACGACAACAUCACUCUCUUGUAUUUGUAACCAAGACCCUAGUC